AUGGAACCCACACAGGACUUUACAAGCUUCCUCAUCGGACGACCCGUCAUCGUCAAGCUCAACUCUGGCGUCGACUAUAGAGGAAUCCUCGCCUGCUUGGACGGAUACAUGAACAUUGCCUUGGAGCAGACUGAGGAGUACGUCAACGGACAGCUCAAGAACAAGUACGGCGACACCUUCAUUCGUGGAAACAACGGUAAAUAA